AUGGUGAACGCUAGUCUCACCGCGGGUGAGGCGCAUCAAAGUGCUUCACCGCCAGCCAACGUCAAGAGCGGAAAAACGGAGCCGCACCUGUGGAACACGAAGGCAAGUGCAAGAGACAAGGGUGGUGGCAAAACGAAGCCGAUGGCGCCAAUGCCGAAGGAGGCGCGCCCUGUGGACAUGCCCAAGAGGCAGCACGCCACGAGGGCCAUAGCAAACGUGCUAGAGCAGUCCAGGAGGCUGCAGCAGGCGAAGGCGCAAGAGGACCUGCGUCGUGCAGAGGAAGAAGGAAAGAAAAUGGAGGCGCCGGAAGCAGCAGCGCAGCAGCAGCAGCAACCACAGAAACAACAACCUAAGAACAAGGAGGACGAAGGGGGCGCAGUGCCACAGACAGUUCCCAGAGCAAUAAGGGUCGCAGCAGGAGCGGUGGAGGAACUCCCAACAAAAGUGCCGGAGCCUUCGACAGCGCACGACGUCGACGAACAAGACGAGGGCGACGGCAAAGCAAAGCAGAAGCGGACAUGCAGCACUGCCGUACCGAAGUGGGCGCAAAAUCAGUCGCAGGGCUCGGACGAGCCACCACCGGUGUUCUCCGUCGGCCGGCACCGCGCACGACUCGGCAGCGGCUCCCUCUACGACGUCGACGGCGCCGUGUCACGCGUGCAGACCCCAGACCCGUUUGAGGCGAACGGAAAGGACGUUCAUGCGCCGACGAUUCUGGAGGAGUCCACCUUCCAGCGCGUCGCGCGGUUCCCGACACCGAACCCGUCGGAGACGCACUCGGACGACAAGCGAAGAUCUCAGACGUCGCUGGAGCAGCAGAAGUCGAACGCCUGCCCCGCCCCUUCUCCAACCUGUGGAAGUACCGUGGUGGCUAACGACAGGAGGGCAGAGGGACUGCUCUCAAAGUGCUCCGGCGAGCGUGUAACAGGGCGAGAAAGUGCUUUUGCGCAGGAAGUCGUCACGGCGCCGUACCGACGAGCUGCCUUCUUUGCUGGCCGCUUCCACUCUCUGGGCAGGCGCUUGGCACCGCGGCCGCUGAGGGAGACGCAAGUCCGCCACCUUCGGGCCCAUGAGGUGUCUCUCUCUUCCACCGCUACACGCAGAGAAGGAUCUGCGUCACCGCAGUGCAGUACCUCCACGUCAACGGAACGUGGUCCUGCGCUGGUGCCAUCCGCCACGGCGAGCGCGCAAGUCAGUCCGCCAAGAAAUGGAGGAACCAGUGUGGCGGGAGAGUGUGCCUGGCCCCGCACACAGCAGCAGCAGCAGCAACGGCGAGAGAUGGAGUUGCUGCUGGAUGUGACGGACGUCAUCACCACCUUUUUCCCUCCCCAGUGUCUGCGUUACCGCAGCGAAUUCGAGCGCAUGCCAGCAUCUCGGCAGGCAACACUUCUGGAGCUCUACACGGCCCACCAGGAUCUUUGCACACGUCUUGGGUGGGACGAGACCGCGGAGCCGCUCUUCAACAAGGAGCUUACCCUGAUGCUGCAGGAAUGCUCGCGACCUUCCAAGUCAGAUCAACCGUCACCGUUGCUGUCGGUCAUCAGCUCGUCUCCGCCCGCCACCCAGCCCACUCCACUCACCCACACGGAGACCGUAGUGGCGACCAACGGGACAGCGCAGCCGCUCGGGAAGGCGCGCCCGCCAGCGGCGGUGCAGAAGUGUUCGUCCCGCGGGGUCGUGCAGUCGCCGCCGGCCGCCGCGCCUGUGGGGCUUACUCGUACGGAGACGAUGGCGGCAGGGGUCAAUGCAGCGCCUCAUACGAGUUCGCCUGCCGCGCCAACGAAGAAAGAGGCGAGCACGAAAAGUGCAGAGUUGCAGUCGCACACUACGAGCAGCAACUAUGGCGGCUUCUCUUCUCUCCACUGUGCUGCGCCUGCAGCGACAGAAGACGUUUCGGAGGAGAAGAACGAGGGCACGUCGCGGUCGUCGCCGAGAAAUGCGUCACGUCCAGUUUUGACAAAAUUGGCAUCCGAUCCAGUUACCGCGAAGGUGUCCGAUGCAGCGCCGGCAAAACCGAAAGAAACAAUAGCUGGAGGACCACCACUACCGCAGCCAGCACUUCCUCAACACCUAACAAGCACUUCAUCUGUGCACAACAACAGGAAUAUGACGCACAUCUCUCAACGGCACAUCAUUGCAGGAAAACCUGAAGAAUCCGUGAAGCGACCUCAAGAAGACGACCGGCAGCAGAGACUGAAGUCACCACAAAAGCUCACGCGCGAACGUGAAGAGGGGGUUGCUGGGACUAUUAACGCGGCCCCGAGAAGGACUACUGCAUCGUCCAGGGCACUCCCUCCGCUUCAACGAACCGCUGCGGCACCGCCGGAUGCGUCCGCGGGUAAAGCCGACGCAUCCGUGAGGGGCAGCUCUACGACGAAAACGGCAAACGAACUCCUGCGUCCCACCGAUGCAGUUGUGUCGCGACAGCCGGAUCCCUUACAAACACUCAAUUCUCGACGCUGUGCGAUGAUACCUCCAUUGCUGGUGCGCAAGGCGGCGCCGGAGAUUACGCAGACGACUCCGCCGCACCCCUCGCGGACGAAGCCAUCGUCAUUUCACCGCAGACUUUCGCGUGGUAUGUCGCUGCGGUAUUUGUUUUUGGAGAAGGGCACCGAGUCGGCGCGCCUCCACUGCAGCGACGACGACGGGCAGGCUGCUCGAAAGCGACAGACCGUACGCCAGCAUGAUGCCGACAACGCUGCCGAGCGCAGCAUGUGUGCGAUGCCCUCCAUGUACCUCCCUUUGCGAUCACCGCCAAUAACAACCCGUGUUUAUGAGAAUGGCAGUCGCCCCUCAUCCCCGGCGAACGCGGAGGACUCGAACGAGGCUGCGGACUUCUCUGAGCCGAUUUCGACGGAGUCGGAGGUGGAGAGCCUGCAGUCCACCGCUGCCUUUUCUUUCUGGUUCGAGGAGCUCAGUCACUACGAGGACAGCGACGAAUUCGCGUCGUACGCCACAGCAAAUACUCCGUUGCGCACCGCAUCUUCGCAGCUGAACUGGUAA